AUGGAGGAAGAACGAGAAUCUGGAGAAGUAGAAAACAUGGAUCGACCCCAGGAGGCAGUGGUCGACCUAGAAAACUCUCGGCCCGAUCAAGCGCUCGAUCAACUGCCGUCUGUCUCCGCACUAAUCGAGGAAACAGGACAGGAAGAAGCCAUUGCAAUCCCACAGGAAACAAAGCAAAUUCCGCCUGGUAACGACCGAGAGCCUUCCUCGGAUAAUGUGUCGGUUCGAUCUAGUGGAUCAUCGAUUCCAGAAGAUCAAGAUGAAGAAGAUGACCAAGAGGAAGAAGAAGAGGAAGAGGAAGAGGAAGAGGAAGAGGAAGAGCCCUUGUUCAAGUAUCAGCGUCUUGAGGGUCACAUCGACAAACUGUUCCAAAAUGACAACGCUUCAGCAUUAACCACUUCAGAAAAGCACAUUGGUCUCGGUACUCACAACGGAGUUGUCUACAUCUUAAAUCAUCGAAUCGAGCUAAUCAAACGCUUCAGACCACACUCUGCAACGAUUUAUGACAUCAAGAUCGAAGUUUCCGAACAAUUUGUCGCCACGGCUUCGAUGGAUGGAAAGAUAUCUAUUGUCCAAUUAUCUGGCGGAAAUGAUGUGUUCAUACUCGAUCUCAAACGGCCUAUGAUGGCCGUCGCAAUGGAGCCUUUAUACCACAAACACCCCAACAAACGUCAGUUUAUCUCGGGUGGUUUGGCCGGCAAUUUGACCUUGCAUGAGAAGGGCUGGCUCGGCAAUAAGGAAACCGUCUUGCAUUCGAACGAAGGAUCGAUUUGGUCUGCAGAAUGGAAAAACAACCUUGUAGUUUGGGCUAAUGAUACUGGCAUUCGAAUCAUCGACAUCAACACUCACCAAAAAGUCGCAUACAUUCCCCGUGGAGCAGAUGAACCUCGUGCGGAUCUCUAUCGCUGCCAUUUCUCUUGGUCAACGCCUGAAAAGCUGCUGGUUGGUUGGGCGGACACGAUCCGGGUCGUUUCCAUCAAGGAAAAUUCAGCUCCCACCUCCAUUCAUCGCGGCUUGAUCCCUACGUCUUCGACAAGCUCUCCAAAUCUGCCCGUCAAAGUCGAGAUGGUCUUUCAGGUUGAUUGCAUCAUUUCGGGCAUUUGUGCGUGGGAAGCUGGAGGAUCUCCAGACAUUGCUAUCCUAGCUCAUACCAGUGAGCCUGAAGAUUCGGAUGUAGAUGUAACAGGAAAUGAGCGUCCUCCAUCCGAUGACGGUACAGCCGACUCGAUCGCUCCACGCUCCUCCAAGCGAAGACCAGCCCAAAGACCUGAGCUUAGGAUCAUAUCAUCCAACGGAGAAGAAAUCUCAUCUGAUGCACUGAAUAUCAACUCCUUUCAACGUUAUCAACCUAAUGAUUAUUGCUUGUGCUAUUUACUUCCACCGUCAGAAAGUGGGAAAAAGAAAAAGAUGGAUGAUGAAAGUCUCUACGUGAUGUCACCCAAAGAUUUGAUCUUAGUCGAACUUCGAAAUCGAUCGGAUCAUAUCAGUUGGAUGAUCGAUCAUGAAAACUAUGAAGGAGCCAUGAAGGAGGUCGAGGAAGCUGGUUUAGCUGGAGCUCAUGGAUACAGUUUGAGUGAGAUUGGUCAAAAAUAUCUGAAUCAUUUGAUCAGUCAAGGUCAAUUUCAAGUUGCUGCAAACGCCUCUCCGUCUAUAUUAGCAAACGAUGUCAAGGCAUGGGAAGACUGGAUAUUCAUGUUGACCGAAAAGGGCCAGCUCGAUGUCAUAAUUCCACACGUACCUACAGAGGCGCCUCGACUAUCGAAAGUGGUGUAUGAAAUCAUCCUGGUUCAUUUGCUCAGAUCAAACACACAGGAAAUGCUUAAUAUGAUUCGAAAGUGGAGUCCUGAGCUGUACUCCAUUCCAGCCGUCCUCUCCGCUGCCCUCGAUCGACUUUCUCGAGAUUCUGGGAGCUCUGGAAUAUUGAUGACAUGUAUUGCAGAACUAUAUAUCUUAAAUCAUCAACCGGGAAAAGCUGUGUCAUAUCUACUCCGUCUACGCAAGCCAGAAGUGUUUGAUUUGAUCAAGGAAAACAAUCUGUUUACUGAUGUGCAAGACCAAGCCUUGCUUAUGAUCAAAUUCAGUGAUGAGUUGAAUCGGAAAAACCUGAAUCGAUCAGACGAUGAAAGGUCAGGUGACGAGGCAAAGGGACUUUCAAAAUCUCCAGCAACGCAAGAUGAGCAAAGUCCACGCGAGUACGGCGCAGCUAUCAAUUUACUCGUUCAGCACACUUAUUCCAUUCCUGUUGCUAGAGUGAUAGCACAGCUGGCCGAUCAUCGCAGAUAUCAGUUCAUGUACCUGGAUGCGCUGUUUGAGGUCGAUCCAUCUCUUGGGACGGAUUAUGGAGAUUUACAUGUGGAUCUGUUUGCAGAAUUUGAUCGGCAACGAUUGAUGAAAUUCUUGAGAGCGAGUACAUUCUAUGACCUCGAAAAAGCGUAUCAAAUCUGUCAAGAUUUGAACUUCGUGCCUGAAAUGGUUUAUCUUUUGGGAAGGAUGGGAAAUAACAAAAAGGCCCUGUUUUUGAUCAUUGAUCGGAUUGGAGAUGUCCACCGAGCUAUUGAGUUUGCAAAGGAGCAAAAUGAUGAUGAUUUGUGGGAAGAUCUCUUACGCUAUUCAGAAACCAGACCUGCUUUUAUCAGGGGUCUAUUGGAUAAUGUCGGCUCGGAAAUUGACCCGAUUAGAUUGAUACGCAGGAUUCAGAACGGAUUGGAAAUCCCUGACCUGAAAGCUUCCAUCAUCAAGAUACUGCAAGACUUUCAUCUUCAGAUAUCGCUGAUAGAAGGUUGUAGAUCGAUCAUGGUUAGUGACUGUAGAGACCUUUCGAAAGUGUACUAUGCAAGCCAAACGUUAGGCGCUUUGGGAGAUCCUUCUUUGCGAUGCCAAAAGUGCAACAGAUUGCUAACAGAGCCCAGCAAGCCGGUAGCAGCAACGGAUGACGGGACUGAGCUGGUAGCCGACAACUCGAUCGCGAUGAUGGGCUCGGCAUUAUCGAUCAUGUUCCUCUGUCGACAUUCCUUCCAUUCGCUCUGUGUCUUCGACUCCAAUACCGUCCUCGCCGCAUUAGCCGAACAACAACUCGAUCGCAGUCGGUCCGCGUUGGGUGACGCCAUCGUCGAUCGAGCUGGCGAACGCUAUAAUGCUAUCAAUUUGAAAUUCGCUCAAACCCUGAUCCUCAGAUCUGGCGAUGGCUCUUGUCCUAUCUGUACCUCUGGAUCUAAGAAGAGUUUUCUUUCUCAUCCUAACUGA